CGAGCCGGGGCCAACAUGGCGGCGCCCGUGUAACCCAGUCCCUACCGCGAAGGCGACGCGGCCGUGGCGCGGGUCCCUUGGGGGUCGGAAGUCACCAUGCUGAGGGCGGCGUGGAGGGCGCUGAGUUCGAUUCGAACCCAGGCAGUGACACAUCCCCCAGUCCUCGGGUUUCCGGGCGGAGAGUGCGCCAAGCUUCUCUCCGUCCAGCGGGACCUUCACUCAAGUCCUGGAGGUCUCAUCCUCCGGACCGCCCGCGGAUAUGCCACCCAGAAACCAGCCCAGCAAAGCCAAGACGACGACCCGCCCCCUUCCACGCUGUUGAAGGACUACCAGAACGUCCCUGGGGUUGAGAAGGUUGAUGAUGUUGUGAGAAGACUCUUAUCUCUGGAAAUGGCCAACAAGAAGGAAAUGCUAAAAAUCAAGAAAGAGCAGUUGAUGAGCAAGGUCGUGGAAAACCCGAAGGACACCAGCUCCCUGGAGGCUCGAAUUGUUGCCUUGACUGUCAAGAUCCGCAGUUAUGAAGAACACAUGCAGAAACAUCGAAAGGACAAAGCCCACAAGCGCUAUCUGCUGAUGAGCAUUGACCAGAGGCAAAAAAUGCUCAAAAACCUCCGCAAGACCAACUAUCCUGUCUUUGAGAAGACAUGCAAGGAGCUGGGGAUUGAGUAUACCUUUCCUCCUCCGUACCACCGGAAAGUCCACCGACGCUUGGCAACCAAGAAGGCUCUGUGCAUUCGGGUUUACCAAGAGGUUCAAAAGCUGAAGAAGCAAAAAAGGGCCUUAAAAACUGCAGCUGCAGCGGCCCAGAAACAAGGCCAGAGGAACCCAGAGAGCCCUUCUGAAGCCAGACCAGAGGCAAUCAAAGAAACCCAAUAAAUGUCGAUAAAGUCA